UCUGGAUGGGAUGCUCCAAGGGUUGGUGUGGACUUUCUGGGAUUCUGUGUGAUCUCACUUACUUUUUUUCUUGAAGUUGUUCAGGACAAUCUCCUAUCAUCUGAUUGUGAUGCAGAAGACAAGUCUGCAUUAAAAAAAACUUUGAAUUUGUGCUCUUGAAAAAUGCUCUCUGCAGCUUUGGGUUCCUGGAUUUGUUGAACUAGAAUUUUUCAUGAAUGUUCGACAUUCCUGUCUUUAUUUAUGGAUAUAACCUUGUUGUCCAUACUGUACUGUAAUGAUAAAAUGAGAAGAGCUAGAUUUUUAGGACUUUAUCACAACAUCAAUCUUUCUCAAAUGUUUGCUAAUUGAACCUUGGAAGUUGUCAAUCGGAAUGGAGGCCACUGUCUGGAACUAGCUUGUAGGAGUCCCUGCCUAUGCAGUUUGGACUGGUUCUUUAUGCUAUCCUGGCCUCCAGAAAUUAUAGCUCCUUUUAAAUGUCUAAUCUCAUUUGUCUUGAAUUUCUGAAGAAGGGUCCUGACCCGAAACGUCAGCUUUCCUGCUCCUCUGCUGCUUGGCCUGCUGUGUUCCUCCAGCUCCACACUGUGUUACCCCCUUGAUUCAAUGAAUGUUCAUUUCUUGAUAAAUCCACCAUAUUGAUUUGGUGUCCCUUUCUGGUUACUUCUGGGACAACUUUGGAAACCAUAUGGAUCAGAGCAAAAUUCCAUCUUUCCAAAGAGCCUAACACUAAUGUCCCUUCCACCAUCAUACAGUCAAACUGUUGAUUUCAGCUCUGUAGACACCUUCAGAGCUUUCUGUAGGUCUUGAUUUAUUUGCUGCACUCUUCAUUGGUGACAAAACUGGUGACUCAUGAACGGGCUACCACAAGGUGAAACCUUCCUACACUAACUACUGCAGACAUGUAACCUCAUGCCAGGUGAUGAAUCUAAUACCAUGAAGCAUUUACAUUGAAGAUGUUAACACAAUUAGUUAAUAAGAUCAUCUCCAAUAUCACCCUUUAAGAGGAGUCAUUUUGAGCCUUGAGAUAUGUUUUGAUUUACUACAGAUUGUUCACUUUCAUUUCCUAACAGUGUUUAAAGCAUUUUCCUGAAAGACAUGGAGAAUAAAUGAAUGAGGAAGGAAGAAGAUUAACUACCUUCGUUUGCUGUGGUGGUCUUGCCUUUUUUUUUUUGAAUGUAUGUUAUCCUCCACAUAUCUCGCAUAUACCCACUUAUCCCGCUGUUUCUAGCUCUCAUUUGGAGUGUUUUGACAUUUUACUAAAUGUUGACAAAAUUGUUUUCCUUUGCUGUGUAAGCAUUACCUACCCUGCAGGCUGCCUCCAUCGAUAAAAGAACCGCGGACCGGUGUGUGGCCACGGCUCUUAUACAGCUUAGGAGUGGGGAAAGAUCAUAUGGCCCGUAAGAGACUUCAGUGAGGUUAGAACUCAUGGAGGGAAACCGUCCAGGUAAUUUCCCCUAUUGGAUGAUGGGACUGUCCUGAGGUAUGUGGAGGAUAAGAAAGGGAGAGAGAGAAGGUAGGUAAUCUUGCUGUACCCAGAUUUCCUUGUAAAUUCCCAUAAAAUAUUUGUAGUGAUAUGGUACUAAUAAAAUUACUUUUUGUCCCUGAUUUAUAAAAGUACUGGGCAAUCAGGAUCGUACCAGUGGACUAGACAGCACAGAGCAUAAUUAGAAGAGUGCUCCCAAGCACUCUGUUUAAACCCUUGCUGAACAAUGAAAGCCAAAAAUUAGCCCUCUCCUCCCUUUUGAUUAGAAGUCCUAUAUGGCUUGUCUGCCAAGGGUGUUACUUAAAUGUGAAAGAGAGAAUUCCACCUUCACUGCCUGGCUUUGUAACCAUCUCUUGAAAUCUCAAAAAUGCCACUUUGCUCAGAUGACAAGAAAUCUGUGUUGGGAAAUCUAUCUGGAAUUUGCUUUUCAGUUAAACCCUAACUGUUCACUCAAAUUAGUGUUUCUGGUGUACUGUGGGAAUUGGUGUAGCAUACCAGUGAUGAGAGCUUCCACUAUACUUUCACCAAUAAACUUUCCCUGCAAAUGUGAAAUUACUUGUGGUGUAAAGUAUUGUCACUGGCUGCUGCAAUCUGGUUGUGUGAAUACCUGCUGUUUUGUUUCUCUUCCUCCCAACUCCGGCACCCAGAGAUUCUUGACAGUGUUACCAGUUCCCACUGAAUAAAUUAGGGAAAGGUAGGUGUAGUAUUUAUUAAGAUUAUCUUCUGUCCUCCAAGACCUGGCUUUAUGCCUGGCUGAAGAAAGGUGGAGGUGAAGGCCUCUUCUAUUUCCAAGGGCUUUUGAGGACACAGUUACACAGUUCACCGUUGUUUAAAAACUGUCUCUAUCCAAUUCCCCAACUGACAAGGAUUAAAUAACUCUUCCCCAAGUUCAGAAUAAACGAGGUACUUAUUCUACAAUCUAGCUUUGAGGGAUCACAAGCACUGUAAGUAUGGCAAGCAGAAGUUGCUGGCUUGAUGAGCAAUGGUUUGAAUUUGGAUUCAGGUGGGUUGGGGUAUUGCAGGAGGCUGGAGAGCUCUGCAUUGUAUCUGAAUAGUUCCAAAUCUGACCUUGAGUUCUUCAUGCUGUCAAUUGGAUGCAAAAUGACAAAUGUUCAGUUUCCCAGCACUGCCCUCCUUCCUGUUCAAAAAAAAAAUCAAAGACUUGCUGCAGUGUCCAACUUGGUAUAAAUGUAAGUUUUCUUUCCGCCCGGCAGUGCACGAAUGGUCACUUGAUGUGUGCAGGCUGUUUCAUUCACCUGCUGGCUGAUGCCAGGCUGAAGGAGGAACAGGCCACCUGCCCGAACUGCCGCUGUGAGAUCAGCAAGAGCCUGUGCUGCAGGAACCUGGCCGUGGAAAAGGCGGUGAGCGAGCUUCCCAGCGAGUGCGGCUUCUGCCUGAAGCAGUUCCCACGCUCCAUUCUCGAGAGACACCAGAAGGAGGACUGCCAGGACAGAGUAACACUGUGUAAAUACAAGCGGAUUGGAUGUCCAUGGCAGGGGCCAUUCCAUGAGCUAACUGCUCAUGAGGGGGAAUGUGGCCACCCCACCAAGACAGGCAAUGAGCUGAUGGAAAUCCUGGACGAAAUGGACCAAAACCACAAGAAGGAGAUGCAGCUCUACAAUAGCAUUUUCAACUUACUUAGCUUUGAGAAAAUAGGAUAUACAGGAACCGAUUUCUGCAGUCAGACAUGUCACAAAAAAGAAGUUCAGUUCAGGCCCUACCGAACAGACGACUUCAUCACCAGGCUGUACUAUGAGACCCCAAGGUUCACAGUGCUCAACCAGACAUGGGUCCUGAAGGCACGGGUCAAUGACUCCGAGCGUAACCCCAACCUGUCCUGCAAGCGCACUCUGUCAUUCCAGCUCAUCCUGAAGAGCAAGGUCAACUCACCGAUGGAGUGCUCCUUCCUCCUUCUGAAGGGUCCCUAUGAUGAUGUCAAAAUUAACCCGGUCAUCUACCAUUUCGCCUUCACCAACGAGAACAAUGAAACAGACUACAUGCCGCUGCCUAUCAUAGACUCUGUCGAAUGCAACAAAUUGCUAGCAGCCAAAAACAUUAAUCUGAGGCUCUUUAUAUUUCAGAUACAGAAGUAGAGGGGGUGGGACUGGGGAGAUAGAUUGUAUGUGGGGGGAGACAGAGGGAGAUAUCAGAACGGAGUGAGCACCACUGAACCAUAGUACCUCGAAAAGCCAGCGACACCAGUGACUAGUUUGAAAAAGGCAGAAUUCUAUGAAAAGAAUGAGAAAAAAAACAAGAGACAAACAAAAUAUCUACUAACCGCAUGUGGUCGUAACUGCCUAAGACUGUCACAACUGCGCGAUUUUGUUCAGAAGCCUCUCGUAUAAUGGUUAUAAUAGGGGGAGGGUGUGGGGGAGGGGAGAGAAAUAAGAGGAGUGUCUGAAUUCAGUAGCUGCUAUUAGAACUAUUUAAGCAGUGCCGAGUGGUCAGUAUCUGCCUGUGUAUUGAGCCUGCAGUCCAUUGACAAGCUCUGCUUGCCAAUAGAUGCCAAGAUGCCACACCAGCUUCCCUCUGUCACACCCACUCUUUCAUUCCUUAUGCUUGCUAAUUAUUUUAUUUUGUCAGAGCUGUUAUUUGUUCUCUGAUAUUUCCCUGCUUACCUGCAAUGGCUAGUAAGUUAACUUAAUGAGAUAAGUGGAACUUCUGUUAACUACAUUUCCCUCUUCACAAAUCACUGGUCCAAACUUGUGUUUUUAUUGGUGUGCAUCACUUGCCAUCUGGUUCACCAGAGUCCCCAGCUGACAGAUACUAAACAACCAGCAGCUCACCUCAUUGUGUACAUUCAGCUUGGAGGAGGGCUGUUCAGACAGUGUUUUUAAGAAAGAAACACUCAAUGUGGCCCUUGGAAUUGGGGUUGGCCACUCUGCUUUGCAAAGAAUGAAGAGGCUUGUUUGUUUUCAGCACUCAAUGAGUUGGAAAAGCGGAAGGCUGCAUGUAAAUCCUAAGAGGAUUGAUUGGAAUCAAACAGCCAGCUAGCCAUCCAACCUUCACUUGAUGCAGUCACACAUUCCAACACUGCAAUUGAAGGGCGCAGUAAACUCUCCCCUUAAGUUCUCUGUUUUCAGUUUUGUUUUAAACUUGCUAGUAAGUGUAUAAAAAUUAAAAUCUACAUGAGCAAUGAGGCAUGAUGGACACGAGACAGAAGGCAGUGCAAAUGUAAGGUUAGGGGAUUUGCAGGGAGAACUCAGUAAUGAGAAUCCCACAGUAGUGUUUGUACGUUUAACUUAACCGUAUUUUUUACUCUCUUCUCAUUUUAUUGUAUUUAACAUAAUAUUCUACUCCUGGAGCUGGAGAGGAGGCCAGGGCUGAGGUCAAGGACUUCACCAGACAUGAGACUGACAGAAGCUGCAGGAGUUGCUCACAACCCUUUAAACUCCAAGAUCAGGCAAAGCUGAUUAGGAAUUAUUUUAAAAUGUAAGAAUUUAUCGGGAUGAGUAAUUGAGGGAAUUCAAAAAACAGAAAACAAAAACCCCCUUGGUGGCAUUAAAUGACAUGGCCUAGCCCAGACCAAUAUAAUGCUUUACAGAGCAAUUGAUCAGCACAAAGACACCAGCAGUGGAGAGAGAUCACUGUAUCACACUGGUCUCAGUUCUGCUGCCCCAAGUGCUGCAUCUUAUCCAGUUGAAUCUGUUGCAGUCACCAAUAUCAGGAUCCCAUGGAAGAUAAUAGGUCACUGGUUAAAUCAGUGCAGUUCCAUUUAAAAAGACUAAACAAUCCUUACCUUGCAGAAUGAGCAGCAUUCUGUACAGUCACACAGCAAAAUAACCCUUUACCCUGAAUAAACAGUACCACCAUACAGUUACACAGUGAGGACUCCCAGUAAGGCUAAAUAAAUAAACAACUUCUAUAUGAUUAACACAACUACUGUUGUGAAUAGCACUUUAACCCUCCCAGAUCCUGCUGAUUAAACUGGAACUUUAAACAGUUGCACAACAAAUGGGUUGAACUGGCCCCCUUUAACCCUUAUCCUGCUGAAUGAACUGGAAUUCUGAAGGAUUAGUAAAGCAAAUGCAACUUAGGCUUUUGGGGUUUUGUCUGGUACCAAAAUGAUAUUGUCAGUUCUUACCAUUUAUUUUCUGUACCCACUUGUACUGUAUAGUUCAAAUACCAUAAAAUCUAGAUUAUAAUUCGCA